CAAAUUUCUCGUCACAAUCGCGACAAACUGCGACGAAUCUGGUAUAAUUCGCUGCAAAAUUGUGAAUUAUUGCAAUAAGAAACAAGUUGUCUAUUUUAACACAAAAUGUCCGGACGCGGUAAAGGUGGUAAAGUGAAGGGAAAAUCAAAGACACGUUCGAAUAGAGCUGGCCUUCAAUUUCCAGUGGGUCGUAUUCAUCGUCUAUUGAGAAAAGGAAAUUACGCCGAACGUGUUGGAGCCGGUGCGCCAGUUUAUUUGGCAGCUGUCAUGGAAUAUUUAGCGGCCGAAGUUUUGGAAUUGGCCGGCAAUGCUGCGCGUGACAAUAAAAAAACAAGAAUAAUCCCUCGUCAUCUUCAACUCGCCAUUCGAAACGACGAGGAAUUGAAUAAAUUACUUUCCGGUGUCACAAUUGCCCAGGGUGGUGUUCUACCGAACAUUCAAGCAGUUCUCCUACCAAAGAAGACCGAAAAGAAGACUUAAAUUAUUUCCCUCUUUUUUUCUUGAUACUAAAUCGGCCCUUUUCAGGGCCAA